AUGGAAAGUGAGGACACAAAGAAAAUACAAGAAGUGAAGACUGACCUGAACUUAUUAUUGGAGUGUCUGAAGUAUCAAAUGGACAAUGCUUUUUCACAGAAGGAAGCUUUGGUUACUAUUCAUUCAAUUUGCCAACAAAAUAGUAAUGCAGGUCUUUAUUUUCGGGAAAUUGGUGGUUUGAUGUUUGUAAAAAAUCUUGCAAAGUCAAGUGAACAUAGUAUGGUAAAAGAAGCAGCCUUAUAUACAUUAGGAGCUGUUGCAGAACAAAAUGUUUACUGUCAGCAGACUUUGUGUACUUCAGAAUUGUUUGAAGACUUAAUUUGGUUCUUAUCUAACAGUGAUUCAAACACAAAUCUGAAAAGAAUGUCUGUCUAUGUUAUUUUGGUUCUGGUUUCAAAUAACAGGACUGGACAGACACUUGUGAGAGAAACAGGUUGUAUUUCAGUUCUGUCACAGUUGUUCAAGACUGUUCUUUCAAAAUAUGAGUUGAAUUUGUCAGAUGAAAGUGCUUUGCAGAGUUAUCAGUUGUGGUCUUCAGUGUGUAGUACUCUGUGUGUCUGUGUCAACAAUCCUCAAAAUGAUGAAAAUCAAAUGGUUUGCAGCUCACUUUUUACGCAUGCUAAUGACUGGCUGAUAAAUUGUAUGAAAGCUGAGAUAAUUCGCCCUAUUUGCUCAUUUAUUGGACUCACUCUUGCAAAUAACACUUAUGUUCAGAAAUACUUUAUAUCUGUGGGUGGACUGGAUGUAUUGUCUCAAGUUCUUGUGCAACUGGAAUCUGAUUCACACAAGACUCCUUUCAGUGCUAAACUUGCAGUGGUGGUGACAAAGACAGUGGAUGCAUGCAUUGCUGAUAAUCCUACUUUUGGUGUUGUAUUAUCCAAGUACCACAUUGUUUCAAAACUUCUGGCAUUGCUGCUUCUUGACAGUCUGGAUUCAGGAGAAAAAUUUAGUGUCAUACUUACUCUUGGUCAUUGUACAGAGGAUUGUGAGGAAAAUCAGUAUGACUUUUUUAAAAACAAUGGCCUUCCACUCAUGAUACAAGCCUUAACUGAAUCUCAGAGUGAGGAACUAAACAAAGCUGCCACUUUCGUGCUUCACAACUGCAAAAAAAUUAGUGAGAAGUUAUCUCUAAGUCUAGGAGAAUAUUCUUUUGAUAAAAAUGAAGAGCAUUUAAAGGACAUAAAUAUGAAAGAGAAGAAUCUUGAAGAUUACUGGAAGAAAGCAAAGGAAAUUUUACACAGAAUAGAAGAACUUGAAACAAACGGAAAUGAGGAAAAUAUACAAGGAGAGAAUUAUAAGAAUAAUAUUUCAUCUGUGAACAUAAAUAUUCAAGAUACACUGAAACACUUCCAUGCAGAUAGCAGCGGUGGUGUUCCCAAAGCAGAGGAUAAAGAUAAAAGCCAGGCUAGAAAGCUACAUGCCUCUAAGUCCCAUAAAGUCAUGUCCAAAGCAUGUACAAAUGAUGAUCAAGUGAAGAUGGAGUUAAGAAGUGCAAAUCCAGUUAAUGCUUGUUAUAGGGAGAGUGGGCAAAAUAAGACUUUAUGUACAGCCAAUUCAAGCUGCAAACAAAACCUAUGUGAAGAAACAACUUCUGAAAAAAAGAACUUUGUUUCUCAGUCAAGAGACCAUAUUUUUAAACACCCAACUCCUAUUGCCAAAAACACAAAGCAGCAGUUACCAGUAACAGAUCCAUUUACAUUAUGUUCAGAUAUAAUAAAUAAAGAAGUCAUCAGUUUUCUAGAAACAGACAGUUGUUCCAAAAUGUUGAGGUAUAGGUGCUCAGGUUGCAUAGCAGUAGGAAAAUCCCUGAAUAGUCGAAAUUUUAGCAAGCUCUUGCACUGUUGCCCAUACCAAUGUGAUCGUCACAAAGCCAUUGUGGAAGCUGAAGACAGAUAUAAAAGUGAACUAAGGAAAUCACUUAUCUGUAACAAAAAAAUUCUGCUGACCCCACGUAGAAGACGUCAACUCAGUAGUGAAUCUACUACCCCUGGAAGAAUAAAGAAAAGAAGAAUUCGUAAAAACUUUACCAAAGAAGAAAUAAAUUACCUUUUCAAUGGAGUUAAGAAAAUGGGAAAUCACUGGAAUUUAAUUUUGUGGUCUUUCCCUUUUCAGCAAGGACGGAAGGCUGUGGACCUUGCUCACAAAUACCACAAGCUGACCAAAUGCCCCAACGCCUCCGUCCGGUGCCUCAGCCCCCGGACAGCGCAGCCGGAGCGGCCACUGGACGGAAGACCUGGAACAGGGGUGCUGUUGCGCUCUUCGGACGGCAGAGGCCGCCAGCGCGACCUCCGCCCGGGCGGCUCCCGCUAG